CCUGCUCUCCAAACAGCCCCCCAGAGCUGCCACCUCACCGCAGGACCUCCCACCCAGAUAAACAGCCCCAACCAACUGGAAGACUCCAGUCCUCAUAAUUGGAAAUGCAUGAACAUAUAUGCCUGCAACCAGCACUUAAAGGAAUGCGAUUUACCAGAAAGCAGGGUUGCCACACUAUGGGGGAAACACAAUAACCUUUUUAACACAGACCAGACGGAAUGAACCGAAUUGUGGUUUCAUCAUGGCCCUUUUUUGUUCUGCUCGUCAUUAAUAUGGGACUGCGCGCAAACACUCUGAAGGUGAUUGGAGGAAAGAGGGCUGUGAUCCUGGGUGAAGAUGCUGACCUUUUCUGCAGAUUGUCUGAGGCUGAGGAAUUUGAUCAGAUAACAUGGCAGAAAGAGACCAGGGAAAAUUCCAACAAACAUAAUUUCUUUGUCAUUAAACCCGAUGGGAUUACUAGCAACGUGAAUGGAUUGAAAGGAAGAGUUCUGUUCAUUGGGAACACAUCAGAUUAUCUUGGAUCGAUUCGAAUAAGAAAUGUCACGCUGUUGGAUGAAGGCACCUACACAUGCAUCUUCAGUGUUUCCAGUGGACCAAUCCAAACAGAGAUGUCUCUGACUGUGAUCGUUCCUCCAGUGAUGUCAGUGACAGGUCACGUCUCUCCUGUUGGGGACAAUGAAGUCGUCUUGGUAACCUGCAUUGCUGCAGCUGCCAAGCCAAAGGCAGAAGUCAUUUGGAACACUGGUGCUUUAAACAAAUCAUUGAGGUGGGUGACAAACUCCACCCAGCACGCCAACGGCACCAGUACAGUACUCAGCCAGCUUAUUGGGCUCCCAACCAGAACAGCCAAUCAGAAACAGGUUCACUGUGUGGUCAACCAUUGUGCCCUGGAAGAAGAAAGAACCCUCUCCUACACCAUAGACAUCCACUAUCCACCUCAGAUAGUAAAUAUUACGUCCUCCCAAGCCAAAUACUUCCUGUGUAUUGUAGAUGGCAACCCAAGGCCAAACUACAUCUGGAGCAGAGAUGUCCAGCCAUGGCCUGUGUCUUCAGUCAGAAUAGACGGAGACUCACUGCAUCUCCUCAGUCUCAGUUCUGACCUGAAUGGUCUCUAUGUCUGUGAGGCCUCAAACCUUUCAAUUUCUACACGUCUCUAACAGUGUGGCUUCAUGAUAUGCUGAGUACCUGCAUCAGACUUCAGACCACAUUUCAUAGUUUGACUGGAAGGUAAAACCACUAAGAGCCUUUUCACAAAUUGAGAAAUUACUUAGAACAUAGAGGACAUAUUUUGGAUUGGUACCAUUCUAUCAAUUUCACCAGAGUGGUGGGGUACCUAUUUUCCUGAGUGGAUGGGGGGAGGGAGUUGCACGCUGACAUCAACAACACGUGAGGCUGGAUAAAACAGUAACAAAAAUCGCCCAGGAGAGUGUGUGUAAGUCAAAAAUAUAAUGUCCAAUCAUGGGGCACUGUAAUAUAGUGUACUUGGAUAAGUAUUUUUUUGUUGUUAUUCUGUCUCUCACUGUUCAAAUAAACCUACCAUUAAAAUU